AUGUUCACCAACCGCGAGGGCCUCAACAUCGACGGCGUCGUCAGCACCCUGAGCCGCGUCGUGAACCACCGCACGACCCUGCCCCUCGCCCUCGGCCUGUCGCUGGAGCCUCUGCUCGCGCGCUGGGCGCCGGCCCUUCUGCGCGCCCUCUCCCAAAACGAGACGGCGGCCGGGCUGCUGCGCUUCGCGGCCGGGCACGCGGGCCUGCGGCGGCCGGCGUGGAUCGCGGCGGUGCUCACGUCGGCGUGGGCGCUGAGCGGCUGGCUCACGCACAAGAGCACCAACAACUGGGUCGAGGACCCGACGUGGGACUUUGACAGCGAGAUUGUGCUCGUGACGGGCGGCAGCAGCGGCAUCGGCGCCGGCGUCGCGCGCGAGUUCCUGCGCCGCAACCCGCGCACCGCCGUCGUCGUCGUCGACAUCGCCGCCGCGCUCACGUGGGAGGUGCCCGCGGCGGCGGACGGCGCGCGCGUGCACUUUUACCAGUGCGACGUGGCGGACGCCGCCGCCGUACGGGCCAUGGCGGACCGCGUCCGCGACGAGGUCGGCCACCCGACGGUGCUCUUCAACAAUGCGGGCGUCGCGCGCGGGUCGCCGAUUCUGACGGCGCCGCCCGAGGACUUUGAGCUCGUCGUCAGGACGAACCUGCUCGCGCAGUACUACGUCACGCAGCAGUUCCUGGGAGACAUGGUGCGCCGCGACCACGGACACAUUGUGUACUCGGGAUCGCUGAGCUCGGUGAUUGCCGGCCCGAGCAUCGGUCCUUAUUCCUCCACCAAGGCAGGUCUUUCCGCCAUGCACGACGCUCUCCAACUGGAACUCAAGUUCAUGUACGACGCCCCUCGCGUCCGCCAGACGCUCGGCAUCUUUGGCUUCAUCCGCACGCCCAUGGUAGGCGCAGCGACCAAGGGCGGCAGCUUUGCCGUUCCGUUCCUCGAGGUCGAAACGGUGGCCGAGGCCAUUGUCGACUCCGUCUACAGCACAUACUCGAGCACAAUCUACUUGCCCGGUGCCGCCGGCUUCAGUGCAGGCUUGCGAGGUGCGCCUACGUGGAUGUUGACAAACUUGCGCUUUGGCUUUGGAGCAGGCUUGGCCAAACUACGCAUGCCAGCAUUUGGAGAGCAAAUCCGUAAGAUUACACAGAGGUAG